AUGGGUCACCAGCAGCUCUACUGGAGUCACCGGUGGAAGUUCGGCCUGGGAUCCUGCUCCUGCCGCGUCUGCUCAAACCGCAGCGGUCUGAUCCAGAAAUACGGGCUGAACAUGGGCCGCCAGUGUUUCCGGCAGUACGCGAAGGACGUCGGCUUCAUUAAAUUGGACUAAGUGACCUUGAA